AUGCUGUCGCUGUCCGCGGUCCUGAACCCGCUGCUGCUGCUGCUGUGGUUGGGAUGCUGCCCUUCAGCGACCAUCAGACCCAAGGAGGGCUGGCAGGUGUACAGCUCGGCCCAGGAUGCAGACGGCCGCUGUAUCUGCACCGUGGUGGCGCCCGAACAGACCCUCUGCUCCAGAGACGCCAAGGGAAGGCAGCUCCGCCAGCUCCUGGAGAAGGUGCAGAACAUGUCACAGUCGAUCCAGGUUCUGAACCUGCGCACGCAGAGGGAUUUCCAGUACAUCAUGAGGAUGGAGAACCAGAUCAAAGGCCUCAGGUCAAAGAUCAGGCAGAUCGAGACGGAGAGGAAGAUGCUCGUCAACAUGAAUUUCCAGGAUCUGAAGGGUAAGAUGGAGGCCCUGCAGCCCCUGAUCCCCGUGCUGGAGCAGUACAAGACGGACACCCGGCUGGUCACGCAGUUCAAGGAGGAGAUCCGCAACCUGACGGCCAUCCUGAUGGCCAUCCAGGAGGAGAUGGGCGCCUACGACUACGAGGAGCUCCAGCAGAAGGUGGUCAGCCUGGAGAGCCGCCUGCGCAGCUGCAUGAGCAAGCUCGCGUGUGGCAAGCUGAUGAAGAUUACGGGCCCCUUGACGGUGAAGACUUCAGGGGCCCGCUUCGGAGCCUGGAUGACAGACCCUCAGGCAUCCCCCCAGAACAACAGGGUGUGGUACAUGGACAGCUACACCAACAACCGCAUCGUCAAGGAGUUCAAGUCCAUGGACGACUUUGUGGCGGGGGUGGAGUCGCGGACGUACACGCUGCCCUUCAAGUGGGCAGGCACAAACCACGUGGUGUACAACGGCUCGCUGUACUACAACAAGAUCAAGAGCAACAUCGUGGUGCGCUACCACUUCGAGACGGGCAGCGUGGACAUACAGCGCGCCCUGGAGUCGGCGGGCUUCCACAACGUCUACCCGUACUCGUGGGGUGGCUUCUCUGACAUCGACCUGAUGGCGGACGAGCUGGGCCUGUGGGCGGUGUACGCCACCAACGCCAACGCCGGCAACAUCGUGAUCAGCUGGCUGAACGCCGACACGCUGCAGGUGCUACGCACGUGGAACACCGAGUACUCCAAGAGGAACGCCGGAGAGUCCUUCAUGAUCUGCGGCACGUUGUACAUCACCAACUCCCACCUGACGGGCGCCAAGGUGUACUACGCCUACGCCACGGCCACGUCGACCUACGAGUACACGGACAUCCCCUUCCACAACCAGUACUUCCACAUGUCCAUGCUGGACUACAACGCGCGGGAGAGGGCGCUGUACGGCUGGAACAACGGCCACCAGGUGCUGUUCAACGUCACGCUGUUCCACGUCAUCCGCACGGAGGACGACUCGUGA